AUGGCAGGGGCUCUGCUCGGCGCCCUGCUGGUCUUGCAGCUCCUUGGCAGAGGCGAGGGGAAGAACGAGGAGCUGCGUCUUUAUCACCAUCUCUUUGACAACUAUGACCCAGAAAGCCGGCCAGUGAAGGGGCCUGAGGAUACCGUCACCAUCACCCUCAAGGUCACCCUGACCAAUCUCAUCUCACUGAACGAGAAAGAGGAGACCCUCACCACCAGCGUUUGGAUUGGAAUCGAUUGGCAAGAUUACCGACUCAACUACAGCAAGGACGACUUUGGGGGCAUAGAAACCCUGCGAGUCCCUUCAGAACUCGUAUGGCUACCAGAGAUUGUGCUGGAAAACAAUAUUGACGGCCAGUUCGGUGUGGCCUACGACGCCAACGUGCUGGUCUACGCCGGCGGCUACGUGAGCUGGUUGCCCCCAGCCAUCUACCGCAGCUCCUGCGCCGUAGAGGUCACUUACUUCCCCUUCGACUGGCAGAACUGCUCGCUCGUUUUCCGCUCUCAGACGUACAAUGCCGAAGAGGUGGAGUUCGUCUUUGCCGUGGGCGAUGACGGCGAGACCAUCAGCAAGAUCGAAAUCGACACCGAGGCCUAUACUGAGAACGGCGAGUGGGCCAUCGACUUUUGCCCUGGGGUGAUCCGCCGCCAGGACGGUGGCGCCGCUGAUGGCCCGGGGGACACUGACGUCAUCUACACGCUCAUCAUUCGCCGGAAGCCGCUCUUCUACGUUAUUAACAUCAUCGUGCCCUGCGUGCUCAUCUCGGGCUUAGUGCUGCUCGCCUACUUCCUGCCGGCGCAGGCCGGCGGCCAGAAAUGCACGGUCUCCAUCAACGUCCUGCUUGCCCAGACCGUCUUCCUGUUCCUAAUUGCCCAGAAAACCCCAGAGACGUCUCUGAGCGUGCCGCUGCUGGGCAGGUUCCUCAUCUUCGUCAUGGUUGUUGCCACGCUCAUUGUCGUGAAUUGCGUCAUCGUGCUCAAUGUGUCUUUGCGGACCCCCACCACUCACACCAUGUCCCCGCGGCUGCGCCACGUCUUGUUGGAGCUGCUGCCGCGCCUCCUGGGAUCCGGCGCACUCCCCGAGGACCCCCGGGCCGCCUCGCCCCCAAGGCGGGCGUCGUCCGUGGGCAUCCUGCUCCGCGCGGAGGAGCUGAUACUAAAAAAGCCGCGGAGCGAGCUCGUGUUUGAGGGGCAGCGGUACAGGCACGGGACCUGGAGCGCUGCCCUCUGCCAGAACCUGAGCGCCGCUGCCCCCGAGAUCCGCUGCUGUGUGGAUGCCGUGAACUUUGUGGCCGAGAGCACGAGAGACCAGGAGGCCACCGGCGAGGAGGUGUCCGACUGGGUGUGCAUGGGGAAGGCCCUUGACAACAUCUGCUUCUGGGCCGCUCUGGUGCUCUUCAGCGUGGGCUCCAGCCUCAUCUUCCUCGGGGGUUACUUCAACCAAGUGCCGGAACUGCCCUACCCGCCGUGUAUGUAGACUGGAGCCCCUAGCCACACUGACUUCAACCUUCCCACCCAUCUCCAGGAGGAAAUCGAUUUUGAAAAAAAGUUG